AUCGCAUUACGCCGCCCGUACUAUAAAAGAGGAGACGCAGGCAGGGCUUGCCCAUCGGCACCAGGCUCCCCGGGCCCAUGAGCAGUGACUAGCGGCCGGGCAGGGCGCACUCCGUCUCCCCUCACUGCUCUCUGGAUUAGCUGCUUUUCCCAGGAUUGCCAUCGCAGAAGAGCUUGAUGGCGGGAUCUUGUGAGAUCAGCAACAUCUUCUCUAACUACAUCAGUGCCAUGUACCAGCCAGACGAGGUGCAGCCAACCUUGGACAUGCUGGGACACCUUGAGGACAACAGCACCCUGGGGCUCAGCGUGCCCACCAGCCAGCCCCUGGCACAGAGCACAGACAAGCCAGAGUGGUUCAGUGAGCUCCCGUACUUCUGGACCAAGGUGCAGGUGCUGGAGUGGAUCAGCUACCAUGUGGAGAAGAACAAGUAUGACGCCAGCUCCAUCGAUUUCUCCUGCUGCAACAUGGACGGGCAUGCACUCUGCCACUGCAGCAGGGACCAGAUGCGCCUCAUCUUCGGGCCCCUGGGGGACGAGCUCUAUGACCGCCUGCACGAGAUCAGCAUCGCUAAUCCCAGUCACCCCACCCCUGCAGCCUCUGAUGAGCUGAACUGGAUCAUUGACUUGCUGGAAAAAGAGGAUGCGACUUCCCAAGAGAUGUUCCUGGACUCCAGCCACCUUGAGCUGGGAAAUUCCUGUGCCAAGGACUCCCUGGAGGACAUGAAGCCCACAAACCCUUUCCUAUCCACAGACUUCACCUGCUUGCCUGGUGCCAUGUCCCCAGGCAGCUCCGAUAUCUCAGGGCCUGUGAUGUCCCACAGCCCCAACUCCCAGGACUCCGGUGGAAGUGACCUUGACCUUGACCCCAUGGAGGCAAAGCUCUUCCCUGACGACGGCUUUACAGGGAGCAGAAAAGGGGACGGCAAACAUGGCAAGCGGAAACGGGGACGACCCCGAAAACUCAGCAAGGAGAGCAGAGACUGCCUGGAGAGCCGGAAGAGCAAGCACUCCCCAAGAGGUACCCACCUGUGGGAGUUCAUCCGGGACAUCUUGAUCCACCCCGAGCUGAACGAGGGGCUGAUGAAGUGGGAGGACCGGCAGGAAGGUGUCUUCAAGUUCCUGCGCUCUGAAGCGGUGGCUCAGCUCUGGGGCCAGAAGAAGAAAAACAGCAGCAUGACCUAUGAGAAGCUGAGCAGAGCCAUGCGAUAUUAUUACAAACGAGAGAUCCUGGAGAGAGUCGAUGGGCGACGGCUUGUGUACAAGUUUGGGAAGAACUCCAGCGGCUGGAAGGAGGAGGAGGUGCUCAACAGGAACAAGGAGCUGUAGGAGUCCUGGACAUGCUGGGGUCUGACAAGCGCCUCUGGGCCAGACCCGAGCUGGGCUCCUUGGCAGGAAACUUUGCCUGCAGCUGUAUCUGCAGCUGCUGCCCCGUGCAGCAUGUGAAGCUCCGACCCUUGCAUGGGCACGCUCGUGCAUGCUGGUGACUGCUGGCACUGAGGUGUUUAAAGCUAAUAUUUUAGCUACAGUAGGUUAUUGCGAACCUCUGAUUCCCUCACUGGAUUCGUACCUCUGACUGGAGUCACAGUGACGCUGGCUGUUUCAAAGCCUUGACAAAUGCGAAGGGGAAGAGAAGUUCAAGUGGCAGCCGGCACCGCAGUGAGAGCCCAGCAGGUCUCCUGCUGUCACCCACCUCCUGCCCGGGCAGAGGGGCAGCACCACCAUCUCACCUGUGAUCGGACAGACCUUGUCCCAGCUACAGGGUCCUCCCUCAUCCCUGCUCGUGCUGAAGGUGCCCACUGUCCUGUUUGCUCUGUGUGGGACAGGUGAGGCAACUGUGCAGCAGCUUCUCCAUGUGGCACCUGCUGAGAGAAGAUGGGAACACUGUGGAGCUUCACCUGGCCCUGGAGAGCCCUCAGGAGGGAGAGAACUUGGGACAGCAGGGUCAGUCUGCAUUUCCAGCCUGGCUGCCGGUAUUUGGAAACAGGCUUUUUCCCCAAAAGUAGCUCUAAUUUAUGUAAUACCAAAAAAAAAGCAGAAAACUAAUGUACAGAUAUAUUUUUUCAUGAGUAAGAUUUCCCGCGUGAGAGUGUGCGUUGUGGGGAACACACGUGUCUUGUGGCAGGCGGUGAUGCUCAGCCGGACUGAAGCGAUGUCACGGGGCACAGACUGGCUCUGUGUCAGCCACAGGAGGGGAUGCCAGCCCAGGCAGGCACCCAGCAAGUGCAUGUGGUUUCCUCCUUUUCAAAUGAGAACAUAAGAGGAAUAAAUUGUUGUUUGGUUGGUUUUCUUUUUGUA